GCCUUUCGACGCCAUCCGACCGGGCUCGGAGUCCUCUGUUGGUGAAAGAAACCGCAGAAUGGAACAGGAGUUUAACCGGCGGCAUGGAGCAAAGAAGCGAUCAUUCACGCUUGGACAGAAGGUGCUAGUACGUGACUACCGGGAAGGCCAUGCGAAAUGGACGCCAGGGACGGUCAAAAGCAAGCGCGGAAACGUCAUGUAUGACGUGAAGGUGGGCGCACAGGUCUGGCCGCGGCAUGCAAACCAGUUACGGCCCACAUUGUGCCAGCCAGAACAAGAAAGGCCUACUGACCUCCCGUUCGAUUUACUGGUGGAAACUUUCAACCUGCCGAAGGUAACAGUGGACGACUGCACAAGGUCGAGCAACGAAUCCAGAACAAGAACAUCGGAACAAAGUUCUCGGGCGCUUCUGCCAAGGAGGUGGACCGACAGGCAGAGAACACCGUCCCGAAGACUGCAAGUUAAUCCCAGGCUUUCCUCUUACACCUCGGAACAUAUCUCAGGAGGGGAGGUGUCCGGGAGAAAGUAAGAAUUGCCUUGGAAAUUCCCUAUUUUAGCGAUUAAUCGAUUAUUAACGAUUAUCGCAUCGAUUUCGAACGUUCCUGAAUGUUCUUCUUCUACACGUGAUCAAAAUCCACCUGACCUCUCGGGAAAAGAUAUGGGGAACCACUAACCUUGGCAGCUGACCUUCCAAUUCUAGAAGUCGAAGGUCAGUAGAGACCUAUAAAUACAGCCAAGGUCCGCAGUUGUUGUACAGUGUUCGUUGGCUGCGAUUAAUACGUUAUUUGUCAGGGUCAUUGGCGUUUUGCUUUUUUCCUUCGGUUGGGCUAGAAGUUUUGUGGAGCAGUGAAUUGUUAUUUUUGGAAUUGCGUCUAGUGAGAAGAUUAUAACAAAUGGCGACGGAGAAAAGUGGAAAUGUGAUGAAUUUUUCUGCCGAACAAUUUCAAAAGCUGCUUUUUCAACAGCAAGCUCAAAUGGAGGCGCAAAUGAAAAUGAUUGAAAAUCUGACAAAAUGCUUGAGUUUGCAGACAACUGGAGCAGCGACGCGGGACACGCAGGCGAGUUCUGUUGAUCUUCUCACGAACGCCAUCACUGAAUUCCAUUAUGAUGCGGAUUCUGGAAGCACUUUCGAAGCGUGGUUCAAACGCUGGGAAGACAUGUUCCAGACGGACUUCAUUCGUCAGGACGACUCCUGGAAGGUGCGAUUGCUACUCCGCAAGCUCGGAAUAAGUGAACAUUCAAGGUUCAUAGACCACAUUUUGCCCAAACAGCCGAAGGAUCUGACAUUUGACGAAGCAGUGUCGCAGUUGAAAGAAAUUUUUGGUGAGUCGGUGUCCUUGUUUAGUAUUCGCUAUCAAUGCCUGAAAAUAGUCAAACAGGAAUCUGACGAUUUUGGGGCCUUAGCAGACAUGAUUAACCGUGAGUGUGAACGUUUCAAACUACGCUCUUUAACGGACGAUCAGUUUAAGUGUCUCAUUUUCGUCAGUGCUCUACAAUCGCCCAGUGAUGCUGAGAUCCGAACGCGGCUUUUAGCUAAGCUGGAGCAGGAUCCUGAUCUGACACUGAAGGCCCUCGUAAGCGAAUGCAAACGGCUUCUCACUCUAAAACACGACACUGCCAUGGUCGAACGCAAUGGUCUCGCACCACCAGAUACCGUGCAACUCGUGAAAAAGACCAGGACCGCCAACGCAAGCAAAUCCUUCAAGAGGCCUACGAAGAAACCGCCCACAGCAUGCUGGUCAUGCGGCGAAUGGCAUUUCGCUCGCUUUUGUCCCUUCAAACAACAUAUUUGUCAAACGUGUCAUAAGCGUGGGCAUAAAGAGGAAUGCUGCAGUCAAGUCCGGUCGAAGAAAGUGCAGAAGUCUUAUCGAAAGGGUAAUUCUAGAAGGGGCGGCGCUGAGUCUCUCUCCAUAGUUGCCGCAUUCCAAAGCGAGUGUAAACCGAGACGACGAUUCAUCACUGUGUUAAUCAAUGGGAUCCCAACGAAACUGCAAUUUGACACGGCCUCAGACAUCACAAUCAUUUCCAGGCGCACAUGGAAUCACAUAAAGAGGCCGAAGAUGGUCGAGUCUCAGAAAGUUGCACAUAAUGCAUCCGGCGGUGUGUUACGCUUAGUGGGCGAACUCAAUUGCAAGAUUGCUUUCCAAGGUGUGGAGAAGUCGGGAACAUGCUACAUUUCGGACCGGCCGAAUUUGAAUCUUCUUGGCCUCGACUGGAUUGAAAAGUUGAACCUCCUCGAUGUUCCCUUGAAUCAGAUCUGCAACCGAGUUCGAGCAAGUCCAGACCCAUCUGCAAAGUCCGUCGAAGACAUGACACGUACCCUGAAGCGAAAAUUUGCUUCUGUCUUUCAGGAUGGCUUGGGCCACUGUACGAAAUUCAAGGCAACACUGAACUUGCGACCAGGUGCUAAACCAGUGUUCAAGGCUAAAAGACCGGUACCAUAUGCAGCCAUGUCAACCGUUGAGCAAGAGCUCGAUCGACUGGAACGUGCCGGAGUCAUCACAGCCGUCAACUACUCAUCAUGGGCCGCACCUAUUGUCGCAGUGAAGAAAGCAAAUGGCAAGGUACGCGUCUGCGCUGACUUUUCAACUGGCCUCAACGCCGCGCUGGAUGACCACCAGUACCCCUUACCUGUACCGGAGGAUAUCUUUGCAAAGCUGAAUGGUGGUAAGUACUUUGCUAAGCUUGAUCUAUCCGAUGCUUAUCUGCAAGUGGAUGUUGACGAAGUCUCGAGGGAGUUGUUGACGAUCAACACUCAUCGUGGGCUAUUCCAAUACAACCGCUUGCCAUUUGGUGUGAAAACGGCGCCAGCCAUCUUCCAACAGUUGAUGGAUACCAUGCUAGCGGGUGUUUCUGGAACCGCUGCAUAUCUGGACGAUAUCAUAGUGAUGGGUCGAACACCGGAAGAACUCUUCAACCGCUUGGAUGAAGUGCUUGGUUGCAUACAGUCGUACGGCUUCCGGAUCCGUGAGGAUAAAUGCACAUUUUUCACGCCGCUCAUCAAAUACCUCGGGUUUAUCCUCGAAAAGGAUGGACGUCGACCAGACCCGGAAAACAUCGAAGCCAUUAGAAAAAUGCCUCCACCCACAGAUCUACAGUCUCUGCGUUCCUUUUGUGGGCUCAUCAGCCACUACAGCGCAUUUUUGCCUGAGAUGCACCGCUUGCGUGCCCCGUUAAACAAGCUACUAUCCAAAGGACAACCUUGGAACUGGACAGCAGAAUGUCAGAAUGCCUUCGAACGCGUCAAGUCACUGUUGUCUUCAAACUUGCUUUUGACACAUUUCGAUCCCUCCAAAGAGAUCGUCCUAACCACAGAUGCAUCAAGCCAUGGGAUUGGUGCAGUAAUUGCACACACGUACACCGAUGGAUCUCAAAAAGCAAUCGCCCAUGCCGCCAGAACCCUUACGAAGGCCGAGAAGAACUACAGUCAGAUUGAGAAAGAAGCAUUGGCCAUAGUGUACGCGGUUAAGAAAUUCCACAAAAUGCUAUACGGCCGCCGCUUCAAGCUUCUGACAGAUCACAAACCCUUGCUCGCUAUCUUUGGUUCGAAAAAGGGCAUCCCGGCCUACACAGCCAACAGGCUACAACGUUGGGCUCUUACCUUAAUGGGGUAUGAUUUCGAGAUCCAAUAUCAGUCGACAGUUUCCAUUGGCCAAGCAGAUGCACUGUCACGCCUAAUUGAUACCCGUCAGCAAGAACAUGAAGACACAAUCAUUGCCUCGGUGGAGAUUGAACCAGACGUCAACUUUCUGGUAACUGAUGCACUGCACUGUCUACCAGUUACCGCAGAAGCUGUACGGACCGAAACACUUCGGGACCCAAUACUCAAGAAGGUUACUCAGUUUCACAAAACAAGUUGGCCACGUUCAUGUCCAUCCGCCGAGUUGCAACAGUAUUUUCAGAGGAGACACUCACUCUCUAUUGUAAACGAUUGCAUACUAUUUUCGGAAAGAGUGGUCAUCCCCAAGGCACUUCAGGAGCGCCUUAUUCGACAGUUCCACGCCGGGCAUCCUGGAAUCAACCGGAUGAAGGCGCUUGCCCGCAGUUAUGUAUACUGGCCCUUAAUGGACAAACAGUUAGAAGAAAUAGCCAGACGCUGCCAAAAGUGUGCCGAUGUCUUGAAAGCGCCACCGAAAGCAGAACUCUGUUCAUGGCCAAUAGUUACUAAGCCGUGGUGCCGCAUUCAUGUCGACUUUGCAGGGCCGAUCAACGGGAGAAGUUUCCUCAUUAUAGUCGACUCAUACAGCAAGUGGCCAGAAGUAUUUCUCAUGGAUAACACAACCACCAAUGCCACCAUAUCGAAACUGCGCCAAGCCUUUAGCAGAUUCGGCUGUCCUGAGACAAUGGUCACUGACAAUGGCUCACAGUUUACUUCAGCAGCGUUUAAGGAGUUUUGCAAGCAAUGCGCCGUCCAGCACGUUCGCUCGCCGCCGUUUCACCCACAGUCGAAUGGCCAGGCAGAAAGAUUUGUCGACACAUUCAAGCGAGCUCUCCAAAAAUCAAAAGGGGAGGGACGUAUAGAGGAGGUGGUUGACCGGUUCCUUUUCCUCUACCGAUCAACACCGAAUCCACAAGCACCAGACGGAGUCUCUCCAGCACAGGUCAUGAUGAACCGGAAGCUCCGCAUGCCUUUCGACGCCAUCCGACCGGGCUCGGAGUCCUCUGUUGGUGAAAGAAACCGCAGAAUGGAACAGGAGUUUAACCGGCGGCAUGGAGCAAAGAAGCGAUCAUUCACGCUUGGACAGAAGGUGCUAGUACGUGACUACCGGGAUGGCCAUGCGAAGUGGACGCCAGGGACGGUCAAAAGCAAGCGCGGAAACGUCAUGUAUGACGUGAAGGUGGGCGCACAGGUCUGGCCGCGGCAUGCAAACCAGUUACGGCCCACAUUGUGCCAGCCAGAACAAGAAAGGCCUACUGACCUCCCGUUCGAUUUACUGGUGGAAACUUUCAACCUGCCGAAGGUAACAGUGGACGACUGCCCAAGGUCGAGCAACGAAUCCAGAACAAGAACAUCGGAACAAAGUUCUCGGGCGCUUCUGCCAAGGAGGUGGACCGACAGGCAGAGAACACCGUCCCGAAGACUGCAAGUUGAUCCCAGGCUUUCCUCUUACACCUCGGAACAUAUCUCAGGAGGGGAGGUGUCCGGGAGAAAGUAAGAAUUGCCUUGGAAAUUCCCUAUUUUAGCGAUUAAUCGAUUAUUAACGAUUAUCGCAUCGAUUUCGAACGUUCCUGAAUGUUCUUCUUCUACACGUGAUCAAAAUCCACCUGACCUCUCGGGAAAAGAUAUGGGGAACCACUAACCUUGGCAGCUGACCUUCCAAUUCUAGAAGUCGAAGGUCAGCAGAGACCUAUAAAUACAGCCAGGGUCCUCAGUCGUUGUACAGUGUUCGUUGGCUGCGAUUAAUACGUUAUUUGUCAGGGUCAUUGGCGUUCUGCUUUUUUCCUUCGGUUGGGCUAGAAGUUUUGCGGAGCAGUGAAU